GGUAACCGCCCACAUUUAGAGGAUCUCUCUCUCUGUAGGGUGUUUUGUGCUGAUGUAUUAAAUAGCAUCGAUAUUAUAACCGAAGAAGUGAUUUUCAGAAUUUUGGACUGAAACUGCUUGCGAAAAUGUUUCACACAUUUUUGUUUUGUUUGUUCAUGUGGCGUCAGAUGGGUGUGUUUGGUGAUGAAGUGAAGUCAGUGUCAGUGAUGGAGGGAGAUUCUGUUACUCUACUCACUGAUAUCACUCAAAUACAGAAAGAUGAUAUGAUACAGUGGAGGUUUGGACCUCAAGAGACUCGUAUAGCUAAAAUCAAUAAAGAAGCUAAUAAGAUCUCAAUAUAUGAUGAUGAUCUUGAUGGGAGAUUCAGAGACAGACUGCAGGUGAAUAAUCAGACUGGAGAUCUCACCAUCAAAAACAUCACAACUCAACACACUGGACUUUAUCAAAUAACCAUCAGCAGCGCUAGAGAGAUCUCAUACAGAUUCAAUGUUAUUGUCUAUGCUUUGGCUGUUGAAAAGAGAGAUAUAAUUUUCCUCAUUGACAGUAGCAUGGGUUCCACCCUUAUCAAUGCAGUGCAAGAAUUCAUCAAAAAGUUUAUUGGCACCAUGCCAAUUGGCCCAGAUCUGGUGCAAAUCGGAGUAGCCAUGUUUGGCACUACCCCAAAGAUGGAGAUCAACCUCAACUCAUUCAGUUCAAGAGAAUCCUUAAUGUCUGCCCUUUCCAGAAUAAAACCCAGACCUGCCACUGAUGUCAACAUUGGCGCUGCCCUGGAUUUCAUAAGGACCGACGUGCUUACAGCUGAGAGUGGGAGCCGCAUUCAACAAGGAGUGCCGCAGCUUGUGUUGCUACUGACCACUAAAAAAUCUAAAGACAGUGUCCAGCAGUCAGCUGAGGCACUUCGUCAGAUGGGUGUACUGACUUUGGCCGCAGGCUCUCGAGCCGCUGAUAAGACUGAGCUCAAACAAAUAGCUUUUGAUGAAAGUCUGGUUUUCAUGCUCAGGGACUUCAGAGCUUUGAUACGCUAUCCCAAAGAAAUCAUCUCCCCUCUCACUACAUUAUCUGGUGUUGUGACUCCAACAGCUCAUCUUCCCAUUCCUGACAUCACCAAAGACUUUUGUUCAGUCUCAAAAUGUGUGGUGUUGUGUUCGGUGUUGAAUGUGAGAGAUGUGAGUCUGUCCUGGUACAAAGGAAACAGUUUAUUGUCCAGCAUCAGUGUGUCUGAUCUCAACAUCAGACUCUCUCUACAUCUAGUGGUGGAUAAUCAGGAUACAAACACAUACAGCUGUGUGGUGAACAAUCCCAUCAGUAAUCAAACUCAACAUCUUAACAUCGCUCAUCUCUGUCAGCCGUGUUCAGAUUGUGUCAGCUGUUGUGCUACGACUGAAGCUGUGAUCUGAUUGGUCGUCUCUGCUCUGGUGGGCGUGGCUGCUGUAGCUGCUUCUGUUGUUUUUAUUUAUGACAUCAGAUCCAGAAGAGCAGAACAGUAGAGAAGAUCAUAUCAACAUCAGAUUAACAUCAGUCACAUCUAUGAGGCUCAUAUCCAGUGGCCAGUUGCAUAAACAUAGUCACUAACUAGCAAUUAGUUAGGACUAAACAGGUCUUACUUUUCGCCUUCAAAUUAUGCUCUAUCUUUUUUAUAACUGACUUUAAAAAUAUAUGACCAAUCUUAAAGAAAAAAUAUAUGACUAACUUUUUAAGACUAGUCUAAGCAGUUUAUGCAUCUGGCCCCAGGUGUUUAAAGUAAACAUUUAACUAAUGUACAAAGUAUUCAAUCAUCCUAUUUUCUUACGUUCUUUGUAAUUCUUUUUUAAAAUAAUAAAAAGUCAUUCUUGUUUGUGGA